AAAACCUUCUCUGGGACACAAGAGGCCGCUCUUGAGGUGAAGAGGGCGAAUGCCAGCGCGGUGAUUUUGUCGUUUGACAGCGGGGGCUUGUUUUACAGCACAAAACAACAGGGAUGAAGACUCUUAGCAGCGAGGCAGAAACAGAUAUACUAUCGGGGAUGUUGAGCUAAAAGCACCACCGACUCUAACUCGCGCGCUCUGCCGGGGGUCGUAGCGAAACUAACGUCUGCCAGCGUCAAUAACGGCAGAACCUCAGAUGGAUGUCCGUGCCUUAGUGAAGUGUCCCCGGAUUUGUUGUUGUUAGCCGCUAAUGCUAACUAUAGAAGUUGCGAGCUAGCUGGCCUAGCGAGCUAAUGUUUAAGGCGAGGAAACGAUUACUAGUCACUUAAUGUUUGAUUUGACCAGUUACGAGCCGCCCGGUGACUAAACCAGGGGUUGUUUAGCCAAUGGAGAUAACAAACAUCGAUUGCAGUAGUUCGAGAAGUUUAGGUUUAGAUAAGCUUCCCAAGUAUCAGUAGUAGUAGUUCCAUAGCUUGCCAGAAAACAACCACUAUCCUUGGAAGAAUGAGUAGAAAACACCAGCAUUUAAAAGGAGCCGAAGUCAGCUGCUGCGUGAAAUACUUCUUAUUUGGAUUCAAUAUUAUAUUCUGGUUACUAGGCGCGGCAUUCUUGGGUAUAGGCCUGUGGGCAUGGGCGGAGAAGGGUGUGCUGUCCAAUCUGUCGUCUAUCACAGAUCUCGGGGGCUUCGACCCCGUGUGGCUCUUCAUCGUGGUGGGAGCAGUCAUGUUUGUCCUGGGCUUUGCUGGCUGCAUUGGAGCCCUCCGAGAGAACACCUUCCUGCUUAAAUUUUUUUCUGUGUUCCUGGGUUUGAUCUUCUUCAUGGAGCUGACUGCGGGGAUCCUCGCCUUUGUCUUCAAAGACUGGAUCAAAGACCAGCUCAACCUAUUCAUCAACAAUAAUGUCAAGGCCUACCGCGAUGACAUCGACUUGCAGAAUCUCAUUGACUUUGCCCAGGAAUACUGGUCAUGCUGCGGAGCUCAUGGGCCCGACGACUGGAACCUGAACAUCUACUUCAACUGCACUGACAAGAAUCCGAGUAGGGAGCGCUGCGGAGUGCCGUUCUCCUGUUGUGUCAAAGAUCCUGCAGAGGAUGUUAUCAACACACAGUGUGGUUAUGAUGUUCGGCUUCAAGGGGAGCUGGACCGGCAAAAGUAUAUCUACACCAAGGGAUGCGUGGGACAGUUUGAGAAGUGGCUUCAAGAUAACCUGAUUAUUGUAGCUGGAAUCUUUGUUGGUAUUGCACUUUUACAGAUUUUUGGUAUCUGCCUUGCUCAAAACCUGGUGAGUGAUGUGAAAGCUGUCAAAGCCAACUGGUGACAUGAGGGGUGAAGUGGGGCAGCCCCACUCAGACCCAGCAGCCAGGUCAACACAGCACACAAACAAUCCCGUCCAGCUAAGGUCAGAGAGCCAGUAACUGUACUCUGCCAAUGAGCUAAACAGCACAUACUCAUGCGUUCGUGCUGACACAAAGAGUUCACUCUCCUGCUCAUCGGUGGCACUUGAAAGGAGGAAGGAAAAUAUUCCACGCUAACCAAACAGCUGGGAUUUUUAACCCAAAUAUAUAAGGAAAGUCCUGCCUACUUUAGAUUUUUUUUAUUCUUUUUAUAUUCACUCUGAUUUUAAACUUUGGGCAAAAUGACACACAGCUGCACAAGGACUCCUGUCAGCUGGGGCACUGGAAGCCGUGGAUGGAACAAAGAAAAAGAAAAAAACAAAGGAAGAGUGACAGCAAGUGUCCUUUUAUAGGUUAAGCAUGACAGAGCCUGUUUUUAAUGUUUAUCCCCACAUCCUGCUCCAGAGGAUGGUGGGUGGCUGGCUGGCCGGCCAGCUGACAAACACAUGGAUUCCCAUACAUGUCUUUAUUUUAUUUUUUUCCUCCAUGGUUAUGGCCUGUUAUGGCCUUUGAAGAAGAAAAAAAAAACAAAGAAAAAAACUGGCUGGUCAUGCUUGCAACUUAAAGGCAUUUUAAGAGAUUUACUUUCAUUUACUUUAAUUUAGUUUUCAAAUGUAUGAAGUGCCAUUAUUUUUCUUCCUGUCCUUAACAUGAAAUGUCUGCACCCUUUACCCACAGUACCUCAGGGCCUGGCUGAAAAUAUAUGCUUCCUGCCACGGGUCAAAAGCAAAUCUAUUUUUUCCAUCCACAUCUGUUGCAUGGCGAUAGACCGUCUUAAUACAGAAGAACAGUGACAGUUUCUAAAAGUCGCCCUGUUUGCCCCUGUAAUGAUUGUAUUAUCUGUUGAUCUGCUGAUGGAUGCUUCUUUGUGUUACAUGGAAUAGCCUGUUGUGGCUUGGAUUGUAGGUCAGUGCCCUACAUGGAAAUGGUUCAGCGGAAGAGGUUUUUGUUUAUCUCUUAGCAUCCCUCAGGCACAUGGGAUUGCUGGUUUGGGGCCUUUUUUUACAUGACUUAUGUUACUGCACCUGUCUUACAAUUUGUCUUCUGCAUAUAUGUCUGUUGUUUAAAGACGUCCUUUAUCUGUGUUUCAUUUAGUCUCCUUAUAUAAAUUCAUAUAUUCUCAGCUCAUUGCUCAUCUCUUUUUUUCCUUAGCUUUAACCCAUCAAUCAACUGCAGAGUGACUUCUGAUUGUUGGUGUUAGCAGUCCUAAUGAAGACCAAAUAAUAUCUGCUGGCUACCAGCUUUCUGCCAAGGUUUUGUCUGGGCUGCAAUUCUGAAUUUAUUAGGAAUGCCAGCGAUAACUAAGAUUAGUCAGAAUGUGAUUUUUUUGUCCCUCUGUGUUGGAAAUGCCAGUGACGCUGAGAAAUCAAACAAAGAUAUAAAAAUACAGCAUAGUUUUUUUUUCCUUUUUAUCUUUAAUGUCUGUUUUUUGGAAUUAAUUAUAAAUAUAAUAGUAAAUACAUGCUGUUCCCUUUUUUUAUACUAGCAGCAGUCUCAGUGUAACAUGGAUGCUGCUUUAGCUUCUAGCUGUGUAGUGCAGUAACCAGCUGACAUGAGGUUGCACAUGAUGGAGUCUGAAAAAUCGGUUUUGUUUUUUUUAUUGUUUGCAGGCUGAGAUAUUCUGAUUAUUCUAAAGUUUACACAUUGUACUCAGCUUAUAUGUUUUGUUUUCCCUUUUUGUCAUGAAAAAAUAUUUGGCUCUCAUGAGAUGCAAUGAAUUGUAUCAAAUGCAGUUUUUAAUAUAACUGGGUUCACUUGAUAAUUUUGAACAUUAUUCACAGCAUUAAACUGGUUCUUCAGAUACAAGGAGAAGGAAUUGCUUGACCACGCGCAGGUCUGCGCACACCCAUAUGCAUAUCCACAAACAUACUUUGAAUGCAGUGCACACAAGCUGAAAGAUGAGAAGCGUUCAUAAUCUGUGAACAGUACACCAAAAGUUUUCCUACUCCACUGAGUCUCUCUGUAGAAUAUAUAUAGGAGUGCAUUCAGCUCAACCUUAUGAUCAUCUGCUGUGCGUACAUGUCACAUGUUGCUUUCGCCCACAUACUCCAUCUUCAAAAAGCAACCUGAUCAGAGUGCAUCUGUUUCACGGAGUGCCAUAUUGAUGUAUUUUUAAACUGUGGAGAGAAGCACUGGGGGGGGGGGGGGAACAAUAAAAAACAAGCAUUUGAAUUUAGGUGUCACAAGUACUAGGGUGAGGCAUCACCGUAGCGCAGUGCAUCUUUGCCAGAGUCAUGGCGCCUUAAUGACUGCUCUUGCUGUAAAUGUAUAUGUAUUGCAGAGAGAAGCACAUAUUUCAGCACUUUAGGUGUAAUUAGUGAGAAAGGUAAGAAAAACAAACAGAAAUGGGAUGAUUGGCAGGAUAAAAUGCCCGGCUUACAAUGCUUGUAAAUUUUCUACCAAAGCUGCAACAUUUGCCUGAUGUGACUUUUUUUUCCUCCUGUUUUUUCAUUCUUAAAGUUCAAAUGUGUGUGGGCUUGUUUGAUUUUUAGUGUUGCAAAUCCGUCUGUUCCACUUCUACACUGGAAAAUCUGGAUGAAACCUGCUCUUGUUUUUUCUAUUUUCCUCACACGUUGAAGAUUCACUUCCUGAUACGUGGGUUGAAACAGUUAACGUGUGAUGAAUUAGUAAAUCAAAGAUUAACACAGUUUUUUUUCCCCUUCAGUCACUCUUGACAGGAAAUGUUGACUGAGGGUCUUAAGCACACUUUCUUUCCAUGAAAACAAACAACGAGAAGAAAGCCCCCCACUGCUUAUGCAUGCAGGAAGCUUCUGCUUUGUACGUGACUAAACGGUGGGCUGCAGCCUUUUGAGCUUUGCUGAGGGCAGAUGGGGACCACAAGUGUCAGUUGUGCCGCACUACAGAGCUACGUCUUUUGAACAAAACAACACACUCCUUCUCAGUUUUUCUCUGAAGCCCCUGCUGUUUCUGGAUGGACGUGCCAAUAAUCAGACAGCCACAUUGGUAAUAAGAAUAAUAAUGCCAUAGUACUUUGCAGUUGCUGCCUGGACAUUAAUAUGCAGAGGUGACUCACUGGAGUAUGUUUAUUUUAACAGCUUGGGGUUGCUCUGCUUUUUGUAUUCCUUUAAUGUUGUGGAAAGCGGGAGGGAAAAUGCUAAUUAUGCUUUGUCCUUUGUCGUAAUGGCCUUGCAUCACAAAACACCUUAAUUUCUCUGCUGUCCCCAUGGGCACUUAAAUCAUUCCCCUGGAGGAGCCUUAUGCAUACUAUGAAUGUACACAUCUGUAUCAGCCUGGACCUACUGCUCCACAUUUAGUUUAAAUUCCCUUUAUGCAUUGUAAUGCACAACAGCAAUUAAGUCUAGCAAAGUGAAUCAACAGAUGUUUUCAGUGAUAUUGUAGCUUUUAUUCUGGCUUUUGCCACGUUUGUGCAGACCUGCAUUAACAUUUGAUAUGCACUCACAGCUACAGCUUAACGUCUUGUUUCUUUUACAUCUCUUCGGUAAGUGAGAAUGUGGAUGGUUAAUAAAUGUCAACAAAAAGUCCUGAAACAUUUGCUGGAACUUUAUAUCCUUUAUGUAUUAAAUAAAAAGUGGCUAUCAUCGGAGCCUUCCUCAGCUUGUAAAGUGAGCCGCACAUCAGACAUCGACAAGUCUUACCUCAUUGUGUACAAACGGCGGCCACAUCAGAGCACAGAAACAGCGUAACUGAUUAGUUAGUCAGAAUUUUAACAGCAAUACCACAGUUAUUAGUACUGACAUUUCCAUUCCAGGAUGUGACAUUUAAUGUAGAUACAAACAUGUAGAGACAGGAAUUCAAAAAAGCAUUUUUCAUAGAUUGAUGGCUUUACAGAAUAUGGACACAGUUCAUGAUCAUUUAGCCACACAGAGAACCACUACAAAUACCCCUCUGUACUGCAGGGCAAUAGAUCUUUUAUUCUGCAUUAAGAUUUGUUUUUCAAAUGUCUUGCUUGCAGCAGAAUAAUAA